AUGGAAUCUUUCCUCCCCAUGGGCGGCUUCCAGCUGCCCUUUCAAAAACGACUCAGCAGGCUGUACAACGACACCAAGAAAUCAAGUGACUUCGUCAAAGAGCCCAUUCAAAAUGAGGAGGAUCCAGAAAUCAAGGCCCUGCAUCGAAAGCUUCGUAUCCAAAAAGAUCGUUUAGUCAGCUGGGGCCUCGAAUGGUCCGAUCCAACCCAGUCUGUCGAGAUUGAUGACACUCUAUCAAAAGCUGGAUUGAGCGAGGUUGUCGGGAGUAUCAUGUCCACAAUCAAGGACAUCCUGGCAGAAGCUGAACCUCUCUGGCUCAGUUCUAAGCGUAUGAUGCAAGGACCGCAAACAUCCAAAGACACAAAACCACCUCUGGUACAAUGGGAUAAGAAGCAUUUCGAGGAUCUAGUCAAUGACCUCACUUCAUCAAUCGACACACUCUACGACCUCUCUCGGACACGAGCAGCUGGCGGAGCCCCUAGAAGAUCAUCCAAAACACCUUUCAAAACAAUGGCUUCAACGGAUGAAUACCGACCGUUUGAAUCCAGUCGCAUGCAGACGCCUCAACAGAUCAACCCCCAAACUCUAACUCACCUCCGACCCAAGCAAGGUGACGAAGCCUCGGCUCCUCGCGAAGUGGUCUUUAUGAGUAAGACCGCUUAUUCCGAGCUUACUCAUGGAACUACCCGCGAGCCAUGGGCACCACUACUUCUCGAGUAUGCUACCUUUGACUCCAUCUAUGCCAUGACAGGCAUCAUGCCUCCUAUGGCGCGCUUCGAGAAACUGUCUGCCGGGUUGCAACAAGACUCUCAGAGAUCACCAGGAACAUGGACUGGACUGCCACGGCUUCUGGGUUAUUUCGAAGACCUCGAGAACUCACGACUUGGUCUUGUCUACCGGUUUCCUCCAUCUUUCAAUGCCGUUUCAUUCGAACGUCUGACAAAGAACCCCUCCUACAACCUUCCGACGUUGGGCGAUCUUCUCUUGCUACCGGGAUCAGAGCCCAAGCUCGAAGCCAAAUUCAGACUGGCCCAUAACCUUAUGAACACUGUUUUCGAUCUGCAUGCCCGCGGUAUCACGCAUGGAAACAUCGUGCCGACGACCGUCUCGUUCUGCGAUGCAGUAACCUCACAGCCAAACGCUACUAAUGGCGAGGUCGAUAUUCGACGACCUUUGCUUUCUUCUUUUGAUCUCUUUUCUGAAGAUACCCCUUCAUCAUCACCAAUUCUCUCCCGUCAUCCAUUAGAUCCACGAAAUGCGCAAACCUCACCUCUCGCCAACAACCCUGACCAAAGGGUUCUCGACCUAUACUCCCUAGCUAUGCUUCUACUUUCAGUUGGUCUAUGGAAAAGACUUGAAAACAUCGUUCCAGAAAACACAUCCGCCAUUCCUGUAUCCGUACUAGAAGAGCUCGCUGUCAGAUGCGGCAGCUUGUAUAUGAAGGCGGUUCAGGCUUGCUGGGCCGCUGUCGAUGAUGAGCUGGCGGGGCGCUCGUCAGGCGAACCUCUCCUAUCUUCGGUGCAAGUUAGAUGCAGUCGGUUCUUGGAAGCUUGCUGUAUUCUGGAUGGUGUCAGCGGACUGGAAGAGAGGCUCGACCAGGAGUUGAGCCAGACUGAGACAACUGCGCCUGCCAACAAUGCCCCUAUCAACAAGACCAACAGAGACGUUAAGGACGCCAGAGACUUCAAACAUUCGCUACAAUCUACAAGCGAGAAACCAAUGUCAACAACAGCGCCGACUUUGGUGGCAGAGAGACCUGCUACCAAGGUGGAAAGUGCUGCUAACGAUGAUGAAAUCCUCGACAAACUUUCAGAAGCUAAGAUCCGUCUUUACCCCCAUGUUCCUCUCUCCCCAGAAGUCGUGGAUAGGUGGAAUAAAAUCCUUAUGCCUCAGAUCAACCAUGCCCUCCGCCACUUUUACCGUAAGCAUCCCGAGUCCGUCGAGAUUUCGCUUGAGUCAGUCGGCCCGAGCCCUCAGAAGACUCGACCAACAGUGCUUGUUGUGUGUACUUCCGUCGGCAAGGUCCGAGCUAUUCUCAAGAAGAGGAUUGGUGAUCUUUUCGACGGAAGCACCGGUUUUGGCCUCAAAGUCUGUCGCGGACACGUCUUGAGAUCCCGUCGACAGCCAAACUCGGUCCUUAGAUCAAUGGCUCGGAGGAGUGCCAAGGGCUCUAACCAAGACGGCGAUGAUGUUGACGCUAUAAACCCGGAGUAUCAAGAGCGUCCAUGCAAUGGUGCUAGUAUCGGGGCUUGGAUUGGAGACCGACAUUUGCCCCCUGUUAGCCUCGGAGGCCUGGUAAUGGUCGAUGACAAGCCAUACGGAAUGACGGUCCACCAUAUGCUCGACGACCCAGAUCGUGAUUUUGGACCAAGCGAUACCCUCAGGUGCAGUGCGUUGCCUGAUAUGGACUGGUAUGCGCAGUCUGGCGAUGACAGCACUGUUGAUAACGAGUUUGGCUAUGAGUUGUCCGACACCGAAUCCGAGGCUUACUCUGAUUCUGACAUUACAAGCGACUAUGAAGAUGACGAUGAGGACGAUGAAGAUGAAGAAUACAAUGAGCCUGGAGACAUUCCUGGCAUUGAACCAGGAUGUGGUGAUGGUUAUAUCGUGACGCAGCCAGCUCUGGACGAUGUGGAAGACGGCUUCUACCCUGACCCAGAGACUCAAGAUGAAGAUCACAUUGAUACAUACAGUGUGGGUGAAGUUUACGCUUCAAGUGGUAUCCGGAGGAAGCAAGCCCUUGGCCUCGUGCAUGAGGUUGACUGGGCACUUUUCGAAUUUGCCUACGACAGACUGCCAGAUGACAACACUAUUCCCCGCGUCGACGGCAGCUCAUCUACACAACAGCUUGACUCGAAGCAGAAGACUGAGUCAUCCAUGCUGCGGCCGACAAUCGUUGCUCCUUCAGACUCCUUGCCAAACAUGGAAGUGCAAUGCAUGGCACGUACAAGCGGUCUGCAAACCGGCAAGAUUCUUCCAGCCUUGACAAGCGUUAAGAUCUACGGUCGGGUUUCACCCAGCCACGCUUAUCAAGUCACCAGCGCGGAUGAAUCAGAGCAGGAGAUGCGCAGCAAAAGCGUCCCUCUCGGAAUCCCAGGCGAUAGCGGUGCUUGGAUCGUGAGCCGCGAAGACGGUCAGCUUUGCGGACACGUCCUAGCCUGGAGUCAGCGCAAGCGAGUCGCAUACAUUUGCCCGAUGGACGUCCUCCUCCAGGACAUUGCAGAAACCUUGGAGGCCUAUGAGGUGAAACUUCCUGGGGGACAGGCCGUAGUGACUUUGGAAAGUUCCCAGCGCGCGGCGUCCAAGAAACAAGACGCCCCUGAGCUUGCUGAAGAUGACCUGGAAGAUCUCCUCGAGGAGGAAGAAGAUCUGCCGCCACAACUGGUUAGUUCCCCGGAUCCCAUCGGAGGUACUGCAAGUGCGCGGAAAUCACCUCAUUCAAGCUGCACCAACAUCAGCGAGAGGAGCUCGUCGAGUCCGAUCCGGCUCGACACAUCAAGCGACAUAGGAGGACUGUCGAAUCGCCUUGAAGAGAUGAGCAUGAGUGGUAGUUUUGGGAUAGGCGUUAGCGGUUGA